CUCGAUAAUGUGCAGUCGUUGUAGACAAACGCAAAAUAAACGCGCGCGCGCAGUCAAACGCCAUUUAACCGUUACAGCUAGUGUGAUUUUGUGCGUUUUGUUUUGAUCGCGGCAUUCCCUUAGUUGGCUGAGGCUUGUGCCAUUGCUGUUAGUGUUGCUGCUGUUGUUGUUGUUGUUGCUGCUAACGUGACAAAUACGCUUACGGUGUCGUGUGCUGCGCCGCACGCUUGCACAUUUCUACCUGCGUCUGCGAAAGUCUGCAAAAUGCUCGAAUCCCAAAUGUAUUAGUCAUGACGGUGUCAUUUUUGAAUCAUCCAACCGGGCCGCCGCACUUCUCACUCCCUCGCGCAGCAUUCGUGAAUAAGCCAGUGAGCAGAGAGCGCGAAUCGUAAACUGUUUACAUUGCUCAGCUCAGCUUGGCUCGGCUCAGUUGGGUUCAGUUCAGUUUAGCUCAGUUCACUUGCAUAAAGUUCGGCUCAGUUAUUACUGCUUGGCUCUGACUCUGACUUGGAGUCGCAGCGGCAAACACUUCCUCUCUCACCAUCUCUCUCUCUCGCUGGGUCUCUCUAGCGGCCAGCUGCGAUUACGUGAAAUUAGAAUAGAAAAACAAAGAACAAACAACAACAAAGUCGUGCUGCUGCCUGAUAAGAGUAUAAUUUGUGAUUUGUGAGCAAUCCAGUGAUCGGAUCGUGAAUGUCAGCCCAACUGACGGAGCAGUCUAAGCUGAUUACCAAUCGCAUGUGCCACACCAGUAAACCAGCUUAUCUGGCAUUAUGAGUGACGACACAACAUCGAGUCUGGGCUAUGGCGAUGGCGACGGCGAUGGGCUGGCUGCCUCAGUGGCACCAACGAACGGCCUGCUGGAUGCUGUGGAUGAAAGUGGCUUCUCGCAAUCGCUGUUGACCUUUGCGGCGAUCAUGACCUUUCUGAUCAUGAUCGUCGGCAUCUGUGGCAAUUUUCUGACCGUUGUCGCGCUGCUCAAGUGCCCCAAAGUGCGCAAUGUGGCCGCCGCCUUCAUUAUCAGCCUGUGCAUAGCCGAUCUGCUGUUCUGUGCGCUGGUGCUGCCGUUCCAGGGCUUGCGCUUCGUGCAGGGCGGCUGGCGCUACGGCAAGAUCCUGUGCCGCGUCAUCCCGUUCAUCCAGUAUGGCAACAUUGGGGUCUCGCUGCUCUGCAUCGCCAUGAUCACGAUCAAUCGGUAUGUGAUGAUCACGCAUCACAGCUGCUAUGCGCGCAUCUACAAGCGCCACUGGAUCGCCGUCAUGAUCGCCGCCUGCUGGCUGGUCUCCUACGGCAUGCAGCUGCCCACGCUGCUCGGCGCCUGGGGGCGCUUCGGGUACGACACGCGGCUGCAGACGUGCUCGAUCAUGAGCGAUGCGCACGGCCAUAGCAGCAAGACGACGCUGUUUAUAACGGCCUUCGUGAUACCCUGCCUGGUGAUCAUUGCGUGCUAUGCGAAAAUCUUCUGGGUAGUGCACAAGUCCGAGCAGCGGAUGAAGCGGCAUGCCACCAAACAGAACUCCAUACCCAACAACUUGAGGACGGUCGCCAGCCAGCCGAACAACCAGGCGGACAACCAGACGGUGUCCCAAACAGUGGCCGGCAGUCGCGUCUCCACGGACAGCAGCAGCUGCUCCACGGACGUGCCGGAGACAGUGAUCCCGGCCGGGGGCAAGCAGCCGACCACGCGGGUCAAGGAUCAGCGGGAGGUGCGCGCCAAGCGCAACGAAUGGCGCAUCACCAAAAUGGUGUUGGCCAUCUUUCUGUCCUUUGUCGUCUGCUACUUGCCGAUCACCAUUGUCAAGGUGGCCGACAAGGAUGUGGAGCAUCCCAGUCUGCACAUCUUCAGCUACAUCAUGCUCUACCUGUCCGCCUGCAUCAAUCCGAUCAUCUAUGUGAUCAUGAACAAGCAAUAUCGUAAGGCCUACAAGACGGUUGUCCUCUGCCAGCCGGCGCGCCUCCUGCUGCCCUUUGGCAAAUCGAAUGGGGCGAAUAGUGCUGCAGAGAAAUGGAAAGACACCGGAUUGAGCAACAACCACAGCCGCACUUUGGUGUCCCAGAUGUCCGCCGGCGCAGCAGCGGCUGCAGCGGCGUCGCCAACGGCAGCGGCGCCUGCACCGACAUCCGAUUGCCCGUCCUUGCCGGCAACCAAAUCGGGUCAGUCACUGGAGCUGCUCUCCCGCUGUCCAGAUCUGAUAAGCCGCUCGAAUUUGCCGCCGUUGGCUACGCCCCCAACCCCGCCGCCGCCUUCGGUAACGCUCGCAGCCAGCAGCAACAGCAACAGCAACAGCAACGGGAGCUCCAACAGCAACCGGCUGCCACCCAAGAAGAGCAAUCACUCCUAUAUCAACAACGGCUUCAACAGCAGCGGGGCGAGCUGCAGCAGCGGGGCGAACAGCAGCCUGAGCAGUGGCGUUUACCGACCCGCAGCUGGCUCGCUGGCUCCGCUGGGGCAUCGUCGCAUCACCAUGGUGGGGGACGACAUCAUACUGGAGGAGGAGGAGCUGCCCGCAACGGAGCUGCCAGCGCCGACGAUGAUGGCCAGCAAGGUGACCAAAUCACCGAUCUACAUGAACAUCGACAGUCCGAAGAGAAACCAAUCUUAUAGCGCCAAUGCGACGGUCAAGGAUGAUGCACUGCAGCAGGCGUCGGUCCAGGACCAGGAUGACGCUAGCCAAGUGCUGACGAAGCCUCCAAAUCCAAAAGACUAACGAAAUGCUUUAAUUCCAAAUAUCGUAACUGUUACAUUCCCCCCUCCCCACUACGUGCCGUGCGCCAUGUAUUUAGCGUAUAUCGUAUAGCAUAUAUCGUACACUCAAUAACGAUUACGACAUGCUACAUAUAUCGUAGAUUGUAUUCUGUGCUCUCCAUAUCGUUUACGAUAGAUAGCACUCUAUACGGUUUACGAUAUAUGCAAGUGUGUCUCGUAAACUCUACACUAAGCUAUAACGAUUACGAUAUAUGUGAGUUGACACCUGUGCCGUAAACGAUAUUCAGAUUACUGUUUUUGAUAUUUAUGCAAAUAUCGUAAAUGGUACUCGAAAUUGAUGUUUCGUAUGCGGAAUAUCGUAAACGACACAUGCACAUAUACAUACGUACAUAUAUCGUAAUCGUAUUAAUUUAUAGAUAUUUAUCGUUUGUCCGCACCUAGUAUUAACCACUAAACUAAGCGCUAUUUAUAUAUUUCUAUCGAUCGAUACCGCUAUCGAUCCAAUCCCUCCAUCCGAUAAACAUAUACAAAACUCUAUCUUUUUUUUCGAAUUUUUUUAUAAACUAUUUUAAUUCAAUUUUUGAAUGAACAUUCCAUAAAUAUGCUUGUGCACUGUUAACAUAACACUGAUAAGGCUAUGUUACGCUACAUAUUUACAGCUGUGCAUGUCGGGCAACGAACGAACUUUAGAUUAUUUUAAUAUAUAUUAUAUCAUUUUUUUUCUACAUAGUAAAAUUUUUUUAUUUGUUUUUUUUUUUUUUUUUUCAACACUUGACUUCGAUUAGGAGACCUUGGGCCUCACGCGAAUAGUCUUAGAAUGUCGUAAACCAUUCCAUUUAUGUAGUUAAAAAUGCACACAUACAUAUAUAUAAAUAUGCUCUAUUUGUAGAUCUACCUAGACAUACAUUUGUACCUAUAUUAAUCAACCUAUAUUUUAUAUAAAUUUUUUUUUUUUUUUAAUUUGUGUAUAUGUGCUGCAAAUUAUGCGGUCGAAUAUAUAAUUAAUGCCUA